ACCGUUCCUGCAGAGAGGUCGGGAUCCAAGUUCUCGUCCGCGCAGGGAGCCGACCGGUGUCUGACCAACCAAUACGAAUCACCUUCUCAACACCCCUACAACACACAUCCAUCAUCAUGUCAUCGCCACCGCCCCCUUCCUCAAACCCGUUGAAACGUCCUUCGAUCUCCUCGGCCGCCUCCCAGCCGCUGGGCAGCCAUCCGAAGCGACCGCGGAUGCACCCCCUCCGCCAGACCUCAUUCCCAAGUACCAUCGACGCAGACACACGCACAUACAGCGAUGCAGGAAGUGUUACGGGCAGCUUUACAGGCAGUUUGGGAGGCACGAGUGCGGACGGGGUAUUUUUGACCAAGGGCAAGAAGCGCGGCCGCAAGAGCAAGGCAGAAAAGGAGCGGGAACGAGAAGAAGGCAGUCUUCGAGCUGGCAUGGAUCGGAUGGGGUCGGUGGACAUGGAGGGGGCGUCUGUGAGAGCUGGUCCGGCUGGUGGCGGUGGUGGGGGUGGCGAGGAUGCGGAUGAGGAUGAAGAUUUUGAUGAUGAGGGCGAGCUGUUGGGGAGGGAAGAAGGGACAACGGAUACAGAGGCGGAGAAGAAGAAUCUGGCGUUACUGGUGGACGCGUUUAAUCCCAUCCAGUCAGAGCGAUACGAUCUGUUCAAACGAGCCAAGUUACGAAAGGAGACGCUACGACGGAUUGUCAAUCAUGCGCUUUCACAGUCGGUGCCGGCGAGUGUGGUUACUACGAUUAAUGGAUUUACGAAGGUGUUUGCGGGUGAGAUGAUUGAGAAGGCGAGGACGGUGCAGGCGGAAUGGGCCAUCGCCCAUGACCAGGCGGCUCUGGCUGCGAUAGAGGCUGAAAAGACGACGACAUCAACGCCGGCUGGAGGUGUUAAGCAGGAGCCAUUGGAGAAUGCGCCCAUGUCUGGGGUGAAGAAAGAGGUCAAGCUGCCGCCGAAUCCGCAUCGGGGCCAGUUGUUGCCGGCGCACCUGCGAGAGGCGCUCCGGCGGUACAAGCGGGACGGCGAAGGGGGAGGCGUGGGGUUUUCGGGGUUGAGUAUGGGCAAUCUGGGGGUGCGAGGGUCGGUGACGUGGGCAGCUGGCAGUGUGGGAGGCCGCCGCAUCUUCCGUUAAACCGCUGUGAGUGCUGAGACAAUAGGGCGUUAACUGUGGCUGUUAUGGCUGGUACUGACCACUGGCAAGAUGAUAGUCCUUUAAUUAACCAAGCCAAGCGGCAUGUCUAUAAUUAACCGGACGUAUGAAGUAUUCUUCGUGGCCCAGGGCCAAGACUGCACGUGUGCCUAUCAUUCAUCACCUCAUAGGGUUCGGCAUGGCGCAAUUCCCUCCCAAACAGUACCCUCUGAA